AUGCAAGUCGCGCGCACAUCGCAGUCGUCGUCUUUCCCUGCCGGCUCGCCGCCACAGGCCGCCAUGUACGCCAAUUCUCCCCAUGGACUCAUGGCUGCCCCCGGCUUCAACCAGUCUUUUUCCGACAUGAACGGCUUCCCCCAGCACGGUAUGGAAAAACCGCAAAUCUACACGGCUGUCUACUCGGGCGUGUCCGUCUAUGAAAUGGAGGUCAACCGUGUCGCCGUCAUGCGCCGACGCUCCGACGGCUGGCUCAACGCUACCCAGAUCCUCAAAGUGGCCGGCGUGGACAAGGGCAAGCGGACCAAAGUUCUUGAGAAGGAAAUCCUGACGGGCGAGCAUGAGAAGGUGCAGGGCGGCUAUGGAAAGUACCAGGGCACGUGGAUCAACUACCGCCGGGGCCGAGAGUUUUGUCGCCAGUACGGCGUCGAGGAUGUCUUGCGCCCACUGCUCGACUACGACAUCAGCGCGGAUGGCAACGCAGGGCAUGGCCUGGAAACGCCAACCAAGGAGCAGGCCAUGGCGGCAAACAGGAAGCGCUUCUACACGCAGAGCAUGGACGGCCGUAGCACUAGCCAGAGCGUCGGCGGCACCUUCUUCUCCAACAUCUCCUCCACAGCCACUAGUGCGCUUGCCGCCAUGAACAAAGUCGCCCGCCUCAACUCACCUGCCCCACGACCAGCGAGCUCAUCGCAAGGCCGGAGAUGUAUGGCGAGACCCCAGGGACCCAUGGCCAGCCAGGAGUCAUUCAGGACGAGCAGCCAGCAGAGCAUCACGUCUGAGCGUAGCUUUAGCGGAGGCAACGGCCACGUAGACUCCGCCUACGGCACCGGUAUGGACGAUGCUCAGGAGCCGCCUAGAAAGCGCGUACGCGCGAGCCAAGACGAGUCCUUCUCGCAACAGCCAAAUGGACUAGACAUGUCGAUGCGUGAUUUAGGCUCGCCCACCGAGCCAAGUGAGAGCUUUUACCAACACCAGACAGGACACCGCAUCACCCUACCCGAUGGCGAGGUUCCAUCAGCUCUGCCGCCUCUUCCCCAUCCAGACACCAAACACAACGAAGAAAAGCAAGCCAUGUUGACUGAUUUGUUUGCCGACCAGACCAGGACAGACUUUACCAAUCAUCCAGCCAUACUUCAUCUUUCCGGCCAAGAUCUCGACAUGCCAAUUGACAACACAUCAAAUACCGCCCUCCAUUGGGCAGCUACCCUCGCUCGUGUUUCCCUGAUGCGCCUUCUUGUCUCAAAGGGAGCCAACAUGUUCAGAGGCAACUCAUCGGGACAGACGCCGCUGAUGAGUGCGGUGACGGUGAACAACAGUCUGGACCACAGUUGCUUUCCAGAGACCCUUGAGAUCUUGGCGCCACUAAUCGAACUCCGGGACGCUAACGGCAGGACCAUUCUCCACCACAUCGCCGUCACGUGCGCCAUCAAAGGUCGCGCCGCAUCCAGCAAAUACUAUCUCGAAGCCUUGUUGGAGUACCUCGUACGAAGCAAUAUUGGGCCCGGUCAAGUUCCUUCUUUUCACGAAACCAGCAACUAUCCGAAACCAAUAGGAUUGAUGAGGUUCAUGCAAGAAAUGGUCAACGCGAGAGACAAGGACGGUAAUACUGCACUGAAUUUGGCGGCGAGGAUAGGAAACCGCAACAUCAUUUCACAACUCAUGGAGGUCCAAGCGGACCCGACCAUUCCCAAUCACAAGGGCACAAGGCCAAUUGACUUUGGCGUCGGCAGUGACAUGGGUGAUGGCAACGCAACCAUGACAGCAAACAGUCCAAGUAAGGGCAAGGCGCCGCUCAGUAAAGUGGAAGAAACAAGUCGCGAAAUUCAACCUCUAAUGAAUGGUAUUCUCCAAUCGGCGUCGAUGCAAUUUACACAAGAAGCUCGUUUAAAACAAGACUCUAUAGACCGCACCAAUGACCUUAUCACCCAGCUAUCCGGCCAACAAAAGCAAGAGCAGCAAAGACUCGAAAACCUCCGCGCGCGCCUUCGCACGCGCCAAGACCGUGCGAAACGAAUCUCAAAUUUAAAACGCUGGCUCGAACCUCAGAGACACAUGCUCGCCGUCAACGCCGGCGCCACCGAUCUCCACGAAAAGCGACGAAUUGGCUACGCGGACCUCGAAGGCGCAGGCCUCAUCAUCAACGAAGACGAUCUACCCUACGAACUCCGACAAGCGGGUGACCACCUCGGUCGCCAUGCCUCGGACGGACCCUCCUACAUCUCUACGCCUCUCCCCAUUGACGCCGCCUCACUCAGCCAAAUCCUGCAACAACCGCAAUAUCGAGACUACCUGGUGCAACAACUACCUCCGGCUCAUGUGCUUCGACAACGGCUGGAGACGUAUACGCAUACCAACGGCUCACUCCUCAAUCGCAGUAGGAUACUCAAGGAGAAGGAUGGUCAGCUCGAGCAAAUGUAUAGGAAGGUGGUCAGUCUGUGCACAAAAGUGGAGGAGAGUCGGAUUGAAGAGUGCCUGGAGGGCUUGGUGGCGGCGUUGGAUAGCGAGGAAGGUGAGGGUGUGGAAGUGGGUAGGGUGAGAGAAUUUUUGAGAAAGGUCGAGGGGGUGGAGGCAUAG